AUGUGCGAUCCGGAAACUCGACUAUCCGGAACGAAUGCGGUGUUGCGUUGUCCUACCGCUUCUUCCACCAUCCCCACUAUAUCAAAGAAAUCAAAAGAAGAAGAGGCAGCCGCGCAUAAAGAUUAUAUCCAAAUAAUAGAGGAUAACUCUAUAGUAAUCUACUCAGACGCCUCUAAAACGAAAGACGGAGAUGGGAUA